GUUUUGUUUGUGGAUGGCCCUUUUCUCUUGUAUGAGUCAACAAAACCUGGGGCUUUGGGACACAUAGCCCUCUGGAUCCUGCUGGCCAGCCCCAAAAUGGAAUAUGGGAAAGUAGUCCUUUUCUUUCUUUUAUUUCUUAAAUCAGGACAAGGAGAGCCAUUAGAGAGCUAUGUAAAAACUGAAGGUGCUUCCCUUUCUAGUUCCCAAAGGAAUCAGUAUGUGGCAAAUAGUGCAGAAGAAUGUGAAACAAAAUGUGAAACAGAAAUCAAAUUUGUCUGCAGGUCCUUCGAAUAUUAUAACAAAGAACAGAAAUGUGUGACCAUGGGUGAAAACAGCAAGUCUUCACUUGUUGUGAGGUGGAGGGAUGUGGCUUUAUUUGAAAAGAGAAUGUACCUUUCAGAGUGCAAGAGUGGAAAUGGAAGAAGCUACAGAGGAACUUGGUCUAAAACUAAAAGCGGCAUCACCUGCCAGAAAUGGGGUGAUAAUAGCCCUCAUGUACCCAAUUAUUCACCAAACCUAUACCCAAAUGAAGGUCUGGAGAAAAACUACUGCAGAAAUCCUGACAAUGAUCCUAAGGGACCUUGGUGCUACACCACAGAUCCAGACACCAGAUAUGAAUAUUGUGAUGUUCCUGAAUGUGAAGAUGAAUGCAUGCACUGCAAUGGUGAAAACUACCAAGGCACAGUUUCAAGGACGGAGUCUGGAACUGAGUGUCAGCGUUGGGACUCCCAAGACCCACAUUCUCAUGAGUACAUUCCUUCCAAGCUUCCCAACAAGAAUCUAAAACAUAAUUAUUGCCGUAAUCCAGAUGGAGAGCCUCAGCCAUGGUGUUUUACCGUGGAUCCAAAUAAGCGCUGGGAAUUCUGCAACAUUUCUCGCUGUUCUACACCUCCACCAUCUCCAGGUCCAAUGUUGCAGUGUUUAAAGGGACGGGGUGAAAACUACAGGGGCAAUAUCGCAGUUACUAAGUCUGGAUUUACUUGUCAGCACUGGAAUACACAGACACCUCACAAACAUAAUCGGAUCCCAGAAAAGUUCCCCUGCAAACAUUUGGAUGAAAACUAUUGCCGUAAUCCUGAUGGGGAGAGUGCACCCUGGUGCUAUACUACGAACAGUGAACAGAGGUGGGAAUACUGUGACAUUCCUUUGUGUGGUUCUUCUCCUCCGCAGAUAGAAGCAGUAGUGCCCCCCAAGCAACCCAAUGUGAUCCAGGAAUGCUAUGAGGGAAAUGGACAAAGUUACCGUGGAACAUCAUCCACCACAAACUCAGGAAAGAAGUGCCAAGCCUGGUCUUCUAUGAUACCACACCGGCAUGAGAAGACCCCAGAUAAAUUCCCUUUUGCUGAUUUGAUACAAAACUACUGCAGAAAUCCAGAUGGGGACAAAAGUCCUUGGUGUUAUACCACGGAUCCCAGAGUCAGAUGGGAAUUCUGUAAUCUAGAGAAAUGUUCCGGAACAGGAGGGACUCUCCCAAACUCACAAACUACAAGAGUCCCUAGUGUAGAUAAGCCAUCCACUGAAGAAUCAGACUGCAUGUUUGGGACUGGGAAAGACUACCGAGGCAAGAGGUCGACCACUGCUGCUGGCACCUUGUGCCAGGCCUGGACUGCACAGGAACCUCACAAAAAUAGUAUUUUUACUCCACAGUCAUAUCCAAGGGCAGGCCUGGAAGAAAAUUAUUGCCGUAAUCCUGAUGGUGACCGCAAUGGCCCUUGGUGCUAUACAACAGAUCCUAAAAAGCUUUUUGACUACUGUGACAUUCCCCAGUGUGCCUCAUCAACUUCAUUUGACUGUGGAAAACCCAGAGUAGAGCCACAUAGAUGCCCAGGAAGAAUCGUAGGUGGGUGUUUUGCUCAACCCCACUCUUGGCCAUGGCAGAUCAGUCUCAGAACAAGGUUUGGUGAUCACUUCUGUGGAGGUACCCUCAUAGCUCCACAGUGGGUACUGACAGCUGCUCAUUGCCUGGAACGCUCCACCAGGCCUGCUUCGUAUAAAGUUAUCCUGGGGCUACACAAUGAAAUUCCUCCAGAACCAUAUUCUCAAGAAAUAGGAGUCACUGAGAUGUUCAAGGCACCCUAUCGGGCAGACAUUGCUUUGCUGAAACUGAGCAGACCUGCCACCAUCAAUGAUAAAGUAAUUCCAGCAUGCUUACCUUCAGGAGAUUUUGUUGUGCCUGACAGAACAUUAUGCCAUGUCACUGGCUGGGGUGAAACCCAAGGCACUUCUCCACGAGGUCAGCUCAAACAAGCCAGCCUCCCUGUGGUUGCAAACGAUGUGUGUAAUAACCGUCGGUAUUUAGGUGGACGAGUGAAAUCUACUGAACUUUGUGCUGGUCAUUUAAUCGGGGGUGAGGAUAGCUGUCAGGGUGAUAGUGGAGGACCUCUCGUUUGUUUUGAUAAUGAUAAAUAUAUUUUACAAGGUGUCACUUCUUGGGGUCUUGGCUGUGCCCGGCCCAAUAAACCUGGUGUUUAUGUUCGAGUAUCAAAGUAUGUUUCUUGGAUUGAAGAAGUAAUGAGAAAUAAUUAAUUGGAAAGAAGAAAUAGUGAAGUACUGACUCUUUAUGGAAAUCAGCACACAGUAGAAGAUAAAAUGUGCUCAGAAGUAAUUUACAGUAAUCAGCUAAGACCUUGGGUGUUAUCAUUGGUUGAGUGAUACUAUCCCAAUGGCUGUUGCCAAGACAUUAAAUUGUUUGGGGGUUUUUUUUUGUGCAUGUGCACCAGCAUUCCAUCUUAUUGACUGUUGAUUCUGUAUUAAGACUCACUGUGGCAUUUAUUAAAAAAUAAAUAAAUUCUCUAC